AUGGAGAAGAAGGCGCCUAUCACUUUUCCUUUUGCACAACAUAAGUAUCUUAAAAAGUGCAAUCAUGAGGAGGAUAGGCUGAGUCGAUUGCCUUGUGAAAUUCUUGUGACUAUCUUAUCCCGGUUGGCAGUGAAAGAAGCUGCGAGAACUAGUGUCCUUUCACGCGGAUGGGAAAAUCUGUGGAAAUAUUCCACCGGCGUUUUCAAUUUUGAUGAUGUGGAGGCAGUGCGUGGCUUGAUAGACAGAAAUGGCCUUAGAGUUUCUUUUGAUUUGGAUGAAAGUUAUGGACUUGUUCUGGAUAAAUGGAUUAACUUCGCAAUUAUGAGGAGAGUUGCAAUGCUUGAGUUGGACUUGUUAACAUUCAAUGGAAUUGAUCGGGCAAUUAAUAAUUCCAUUGAUAGCUACACUAAUAAUUACACCUUUCUGAUGUUUCCAUCACGACCUCUUUUCUCUCCCAGCUUUGCUUCACUAACGUCCCUCAUUUUGAAAUCGGUGAAUGUAACUGAGGAAGUUCUUUCAUACUUCCUGUGCAAUUGUCCCUUGCUUGAAGACUUACGUGUGCGAGGCUCUGGCACUCUUGUUAAUUUAAAAGUUGUUGGCCCUACCCUCAAGUUGAAGUACUUGGAGAUUAAUGAGUGUUACAAGUUAAAACAUCUCGAGAUUCAAACACCAAAUAUUGUGUCGUUUACCAACCAUGGGCCAGAGAUAAGUAUGCCUUUCAAGAAUGUUUCCCGUCUUUCUAUGGUGUCUCUUGGGGAAGAUUAUUGUGGAUUAUUGCUUUUGGAAUUAUAUCGGCUUUCAUUGCAUCACUCUCAGCUAGAGACGAAUAUUAUGGACUUUGAAUUUUGCCAGCUUUUGCUAGUUCUUUCUCGGCUAGAGACUCUUAGACUGUAUCUUGAAUAUAUUUUUUUUAUACGCAAAGAGCUUCCAGGUUUGUUUCCUUUGUUCCUUCCUUUAUGUUCGAAUUUCCAUCUUGGAAUUCUUCGACUGAGUAAUCUCAAGCACUUGGAGAUGAAGGUUAUUCCACUUCCCGAUGAAAACAUCCUUUACCUCUCUUGUUUGUUAAAAGCGUCUCCUCACUUGCAUAGAUUUUCAAUGCAGAUAAUAUUUACCUGGACUUCUGAUAUGAAGUUAUCAGGGUUACAACCCUAUUGUUCAAAGGACGCUAGGAAGUCUACAGAAGGUCCUUAUCAAUGCCUUAAAGUUGUGGAAUUUGUUGGGUGUGCUGGGCAUCAAACUGAUGGUGAGUUUGCCAGACACUUGCUUUGGAAUGCUGUUUCACUUGAGAAGAUGAUUAUUGAUCCUCGUCCACGUUAUCUGGGACGAGAAUUUGAAACGGGAAUUGAAGUGGCCAGAAAGCGUGCCAAGGAGCUGGAAACAGAAUUGCCUCUGAACUUGAAGGGGUGUAGACGAGUGGGUGGAGGUGUGAGAUGUAUCAGUAAUGGGAGGUUGAGGAGAGGGUGGGGUGGGCAUGAUGGUAGGAGAUGGGGAUGUAGGCAAAGGUGCCAGGCCGAAGAAACAGGAGAGGAAGGUGACUGCGUAGGGGGCAGUAAAGAGGGAUGUGGUGAAGGUGAGGCAGCUGUGGAAGGUGAGGAGUGGGCAGGAAUGGCCGCUGGGGAAGCGGCUGGAGGAGUGGGAAAAAUAAUAGGAGAGACAUUAUCGCAAAGGGCAGUGGAAUGGGAUGUGCUCGGGUGA